AUGGGUUGUGGAAGAAAGAUUUGGGAAAACAAAGCGCACACUUUUCUAUCAAAUCUAGAUUCCAACAUUCGAGUCUUGUUUGAUCUCUAUAAUGCUUCCAUGCCUCAAAAAGAAAAAGAAAGGGAUGAGGAGGUGUCAUCUUCUACUUCUAAUGCUAGUCCUAAUUCUAUGUGGGGGCAUGAGGUAGUCAUGGAUAUUGAGGAACUUAUGACUAAACGUUUUGAAAUGGCUGUGGGGAGUUCCGAAACCAUUUUGAAGAAAACGGAGUUAGAUAAAUAUCUUGGGGAAGACCGUGAAGCUAUAGAUGUCAAUUUUGACAUAUUAAAAUGGUGGAAGAUUAAAAAAUGUAGAUAUCAUGCUAUUGCAAAGAUGACACGAGAUAUGUUUGUUAUUCCGGUUUCUAUGGUUUCCCUGAGUCGGAUUAGCACCAGAGGACAGAUGCUUGAUUGA